AUGCCCUCCAGCCACCGGAAAACUCCUCUUUCCGGCGAAGAAUCGAGCAUGGCCGGAUCAAGCGGACGCGUCCUCAACACUCUCCUUGAAUGUGAAGACCAACCUAUGCGAGAUAUCAUCCAGACCGCCGCCGCCGGAGCCAAAAACCUCAGCGACGCGAAUAUCGUGAAUCUCAUCUGCUCCGGUUUCCCUGAUGUGAAAUUCUCCCGCCGCAACCGCAACCUCCUAAUCGAACGCGUCGCCAAAAUCUCUCCGCUCUCGUGCAGGAUAGAGAGCGCCGCGGACGAGCCAGAAGCGAAACGUCCGAAAAUUGACGACGGACAGAAUGUUAAUAGGCAAAUUGAGGUAGCUAGGGCUUCCACUUCAGCUAGUAGUUCAGAUUCUAACGGUAGGGAACUCUGUUCUGCUAGGAGGGUUGCGAAUGGGUGUGGUGAGUGCUGUCUUGGCUCGGAGAUGUUGGAGGAUCUGAAAAACGCUGUGAUUGUGCCUAUGCGCCAGUUAAAACUACGGCAUUACUUUGUAGGCAAACCUACGACCGCAAUUCUGUUGCAUGGGCCACCUGGCUGUGGGAAAACCAUGUUGGCUCGAGCCAUUGGAAAUGAGGCUCGAAUGCCGUUUUAUGAAACAUCUGCUGCUGCCCUAAAGUCUGGAGUUUCAGGUGUCCUAGAGUUGUUCCUUAGUGCGUACAAGAACGCACCAUCUAUUGUGUUCAUUGAUGAAAUUGAUGCAUUGACUUCAGAAAUGGGAAGUUUGUCGCAAUGCCCAGUAAGACAGUUGAUUGCUUGCAUGAACACACCUGUGAAUGACGGUUCUGAUUCUGAAAGAUCUAAUAGUCGACCUGGCAGCUAUGUGCUGACAAUUGGAGCAACCAAUAAGCCUAAUGCUCUAGACCUUGCCUUAAGGCAGCGGUUUGAUCGUGAAUUUUUUUUAGAUGUUCCGAGAAAAGAUGAGUGA